AUGCAUGUUUCAGCCCUUCGCAUCACCACCCUGGCCUGCCUGGCCUUGGUGCACAUGUCCUUGGCCUGCAUCAGCGAGAAGCAGGUGUAUGAUUCCGAGCUGGGCCAAGCCUUUAUCGAUGGCAGCUCCUGGCAAUUGCGAACCGACGGCAAGGGCUAUCGAGGACACAGUUUCUGGGCCAGUAUCGGUGGCCUGGAUAGCAGUGAACAGGUCAAGUUCACGACGCGUCGCCUCCGUGGUGGCACCUACAAAGUCUACGUGUCCUAUUCGCGGGCCGACGAUCGCGCCACGAACGUGGAGUAUGUCGUCAAGUCCUUCGACGGCUUUGCCCGUGACUCCAUCUUUGUCGAUCAGACGCAAAAGCCCUCUCAAAAUAACCAAUGGCAGCUUCUGGGAGAGUUUUACUUUGUCGGAGGCUCCAACCGCGAGGGCGUCAUUGUCGAGGUGGAUACGGCCGAUGCCGGUCGCAUCGUAACGGCCGAUGCUGUCAAGUUUGUUCUGGUGUGUGCGCCGGAAAUCAGCUCCACUACGAGCACGACGACUACCACCACGGCCACGACUGAAAUGCCGACCACUACAAACAUGGCAGCAACAGAAGAUGCCACAACCACCGAGCUACUGGCUGAGACUACCAUGGUGCCUCCCACCACCGAAGAAGAGCCGGCCGGCACGGAUCCCGUCAUAGUUCUCGGUGUGCCCUAUAAAGAGCGCCUGGAGCACCAAAUUUGCCUGCAAGACUGCGAGGACGAUGCCUACAUGCCAACAGCCGAGCCGACCAAUGAACCAGAUGAUGAUGAGGGGUUUGAUGACGAUGAUGACGAGGCUUUGACCUUUGGGCCUUGCAAUCAGCCCUGCACCUGCGGCCCAGAUGAAUUUGCCAUCUUCAAAGAGCUCUCUGCCACAUGCACAGUGUGUGCCUGCAAGGCCGUGGGUGCAAACCCAGAGGUGACGUGGUGCAUCAAGCUCGAGUUCCACUUCCAACAACAGUGGGCCCAGUUCCUCAACUACUACCACGACCACUACGACAACCACUACCACCACUACGACGACGACGACAACAACAACAACUACUACUACCCCCCGACCAACCACAACCACCAGCACGGCAGCGUAUGUGCUUUUUGUGGCCUGGCCCUUGGCGUGGAGCGCAGUGACUCUGACUCAUGCAUGACAUUCGAUGGUAUCGCACCAUACUACUACAGCCUGACAUGUGCGCCCGAACCCAAGUGUCGGUGCUUUUAUGGAGAAGUCAAGGUCCGCUAUACCAACGGGGCUGGUUGCGUCACCUCGUGUCGCUGCACUCCACUAGUCUUGCCAGAAGCACCCCAAUUCACGACCCGCGCCCCAACAACAACGACUGUUGCCAUCCCGACCGAGCGGGUUUGCCCCGUUGUGCACGCCUGCAAAUGUGGUCAAUACGAAGAGGCCGUGUAUACACUUGAUUCAAAUCAGUGCACCGUCUGCUCUUGUCAGGCCAUUGCUGGUUUGCCCUUUACGGUUCGAUCAACCACGACGCGCCGGGUCGUCUUGACCACCACCACCACCACCACGACAACCACCACUACCAAUGCCGCCUCGAGCUCGACAAGCUCCAGCGAUGUGGAUGGCCCGUCAAGCAGCAGUAGCAGCACUUCAACCACAUCAACUACAACGUCUGCCGCACCCCCCAUCACAAGCUGCGAGCCUUACCGCUCGUGCAACUGUAAACCCGGGGCAUACUCUGUCAACCUGACCAUCGGCAGCUGCACUCGCUGCGCUUGCUUGCCCAUUCCUACAACCACUAGCACUAGCGACAACCAGCCCACCACAUCAUCUUCAACAUCAACGACUGUAGAGCCAACCACUGAAGACAACAUGGACUUUUUGAUCUCGGGCGUUGUCACAGACAUCAUGACCGGUCUCCCACUGGCAAAUGUGGUGGUCAAAAUUUCAGGGCCGGCUGAAGCUGCCUCUGUCACAAACAGCGCGGGUGAAUUUACCCUACUGGUGCCUCCUAUCACGGCAAUGUAUACCAUCGCCUAUCAGCGCACUGGAUACAUCACGUCCAUGCAGCAGCUGGUGGUGGAUAGCUCAGUGGCUCUGGCUUUUUCAUUGAUGGAGCAAGUUUGA